CUUUCAUCGUUCUCUCGUUCUAUAAAGAGAGAGAGAAACCCUAGGUUUUUUUUUUGUUUCUCUCUCUUAGGGUUAGGGUUAGGGUUAGGGUUUCGCGAUGUCGACGAUGGAUCGCGUGCAAGGGACGGUGAAGUGGUUCAACGAGGUGAAGGGAUUUGGCUUCAUCACGUCCAACGAUGGCAGCGAGUUGUUCGUUCAUCAGACAUCGAUCAAGACCGAUGGCUUCCGGACGCUAUCUGAAGGCGAGGUUGUGGAGUUCUCGAUCAUGGAUGGCGAUGAUGGCCGUGCGAAGGCUGUGGAUGUGACGGGACCUGAUGGAUCUGCUCUUCAGGGAGGUAAUGGUGGCGGUCGCAGGGAUGGGUAUGGUGGAGGAUGGGGUGGGGGUGGUGGGGGCCGUGGAGGCGGUGGAUUUGGGGGAGGGUAUGGGUAUAAUGGUGGAGGGAGAGGCGGUGGUGGCAGGGGUGGUGGUGGUGGUGGUCGUGGAAGGAACAGCGGAGGUGGUGGUGGUGGCGGUAGUGGAGCGUGCUACAAGUGCGGGGAGAUGGGGCAUAUGGCUAGAGACUGCUUCCAGGGCGGUAGCGGCGGAGGCGGAGGCGGUGGCGGAGGCCGAGGUGGGUGCUAUACAUGUGGGGAAGCGGGGCAUAUGGCUCGUGAUUGCUACCAGAACAGCGGUGGUGGCGGAGGUGGAGGGAGAUAUGGCGGUGGCGGAGGUGGCGGCGCCGGCGGUGGUGGUGGUGGUGGUGGUGGUGGUUGCUUCAACUGUGGGGAAUCUGGGCAUUUUGCUAGGGAAUGCCCUGGGAGAAACUAAGGUUGGAUAAUUCCCAACCUUUGUCUCUAUUUGUUUGGCUUGGCUUCUAUCUGCGUUUUGGGAUCUUUCUGCUAUUCUGAUCUUUGUUUUAUCUUGUCCUUUGAAAGGAUUUACUUUAUGGUUCUAGUGUUUUUGGUUUGGUACCAGUACCGUGGUUUUGUUUUCCCGGAGGGGGAUUGGGGGAAAAAAGCAUUAGAUGGUGAUUUAUGGUUCUAUUAGGUGAGAACCAAUCUUACCAUUGUGUCCAAGUUUCUCUUCUCCAUUUGCAAUUUGCUCUGAAUUAUUAAAGCUUUUAUAGUUUAAUUUAUACCAUUUGGUGUUUUCCUGCA